UGCCGCCUUUCCUAUAGGAUCGUUUCUCAAAAACUUUUGUAAUCAGUACAAUUUUACUUAUUUUUGCGGUAGUUACGAGAAUUAUGUAAUCGCAAUUGAUGUAAUCAGAAUUUUAAUUGAUAGAUUGAAAAGUUUAUGUCAAUACCGUCAAGUUUGGGCGGGAAGCAGGCCUCUGUCCAGACCCUCGGGAACAUCGCCACGCUGCGCAGGUCGGUGAUAAAAGUGAUGAAGAUCAAAUUACCCCAGCAGCAAAUGUUCGCAGCGCGAGACCGCUUUCCGUCCACGUCGUCCACAGACGAAAAUGAGAGCGGCACAGAUUGGGACACGGAGGCCGCAGCCCGCGCCAGCAUGCUCCACAUGCGACAUCCUCCGCCACCACAGGGCAUCGUCGUGGGGUCCGUGCGUAAGCGACGCGGCAACUUGCCCAAGCACUCUGUUAAAAUCCUCAAGCGUUGGCUUUACGAUCAUCGGUACAAUGCUUACCCAAGCGACGCCGAGAAACUCGCUCUCAGUCAAGAAGCCAACUUGACUGUUUUACAGGUAUGCAACUGGUUCAUAAACGCGCGCCGGCGCAUCUUACCAGAGAUGAUUCGGCGCGAGGGUCAUGACCCUUUGCACUACACCAUAUCUCGUCGAGGGCGCAAGCAGCCGGGCGUCAUACCUGGUGUCGGUCAAAUGGUCGGCAUACCGGGAACAUCUACUUCAGGAAUUGCUCUCGCUUCUACAGCUAACGUCACUGUUGGAGGCUGGGAUAGCGUUGAAGUUGAGCCGGGUGCCAUUCCCCGCAUCGGACAGAUGGUGGGCAUUCUUGGAGCCUCCACUUCGGGGAUACCUUUCACUUCCGCAGCGAAUGUCACUAUUGGUGGAUGGGAUAACGGCGAGAUUGAGGUUAAAGCAAAUAACAGUAAUUUUUAA